CUCCAUCUUCCAAACUCCUUCGCCCACAAGCUUUCUUCACAGAUUCAUGGAGAAAAUAGCUCUGAAUCACUCUUCAUCCGCUAUCAACAGCCUCAGCAGUGGCUUCGAGGGCUUGACGAAGCUCCGAGUUCUCUUCCUCGCCUCUUCUCAGUCCAAACCAACCUCCAAAACUCUGGCAAUCGGUCUCCUUGACAAAGCUCUUAGCUGCAUCACCUCUGCUCUGUCCGAGCUCCAGGCCAUCUCUCCCAGUUCCAUGAAUGCUGCUGCAGCCCCAGCCAUCGAAGAUAGAAAUUUUGUUACUGAUCCUAAGAAAAGGAAGAAGACACAGUCAUGGACGAUUUCGACCUCGGUGCCUCACUUUGAUGGACAUCAAUGGCGAAAGUAUGGGCAGAAGCGAAUUCUCAACUCAAUGUAUCCUAGAAGCUACUACAAGUGCACUCACCACAAAGACCAGGGCUGCCCAGCAACAAAAACUAUUCAGCAAAAAGAAGAAAAAUUCUUCAAACCUCCAAAGUAUACGGUCAGCUACAACAUGCAACAUACUUGCAAACCCAAGGAGACUCAGGAGAUUCCUUUUGUCAUGGAUUCAUCAGCCAUUACUAAUACUUCAUGUAGCACCAAUAUAGUUUCUUCCACUUACAGCUCCAAUGAGAUAUUGCCUUUACAAGUAGAAGAAAUGGAGCAGGAUUGUCUGAUGGAAUCCAUGCUUCUUUCUUCUGAGCCAAGAGAAGAGGUAAAUGCCACUCAUGAGGACUUACUAAGGUCUUCAUUGGCAGCUUUGGAUUUUGAUUGGGGGUGGCAUGAUGAGCUCAUUGCUUUUGAAGCAUUUGGCAAUGUCAUGCUUUGAAUCACAAGGAAUGAAAUUAUUAUUAAUAAUGUAUGGCUCACACAUUAAAAAUCAAGUGUGGCGCCAUAGCUUGGACAGUUU